AUGGCUGAUGCAAUCCAAACAGGAGUACAAGCCGGAGUUCAAGCCGCUUUUGCAGCAAACGCAGCAAACGUAGCAGAUGCAGAACACGCAGCCCCUCAACAACGCCAUAACCGCCACCAUAAUCCCAUCUUUGAAGAACAUGAUGACGGGUCCGACACAGAUAACCCGUUUGGGGAAGACAACAACAAUCAAAACCAGGACCGUGCUCGACACCAUCGUAACAAUGGUAACACACGAUGGACAUCAGGAAUCAAACCUGAUAUCCCAGAAUUUCAUGGUGGAUCAAAACCUGAGGAACUCCUAGACUGGUUUAUUGUUACGGUCGAUGAAUUCAUUGAAUUCAAAGACGUUCCAGACAACAAACGAGUACCUCUCAUGACAAUUAGGUUUGGUCACGCAGCUUCGUGGUGGAAUCAACUUAAAUUAUCUAGAACACGUUGUGGGAAAGAAAAAAUUGCUUCAUGGGACAAACUUACGAAGCAUAUGAGGAAGACGUUUAUUCCUUACAAUUUUGAGCUUCUCUUGUUCCAAAAAUUCCAUAAUAUACGACAAGGAGUACGUUCGGUAGAAGAAUAUGCCAAUGAAUUUUACCAGAUGCUUACUCAAGUUGAUAUUCAGGACUCUGAAGGUCAAUUAGUAGCGCAUUUUAUCGCCGGUUUAAGACCUCAACUUCAGAAUAUGCUUCACCAAUUCGAUCCCGGUUCUGUUUCUGAAGCACGUCAACGCGCAUUGCUGGUAGAACAACAAUCUCGGUAUAAUGCGAACCAAUGGACAGGGCACAGAGGAUUACUAGCCAAUGAUCAUGAGAUCGUGGGAGAACCAAUUUACGAUGAAGAAGACGGUCAAUUCGAUGAUGUUGAAGAAGAAGAAGUCGUCGGGGACACAUGCACCUUGUUAAUGCUUCGUAGAAAUUGCCUUGCUACUAAAACAACUGAACCAUGGCAACGAACGGCUUUAUUUAGUUCGACGUGUACGGUGAAAAGGAAAGUAUGUCGUUUCGUGGUGGAUUCAGGUUGCUCAGCUAAUGUUGUGUUUGAAGAAGCAGUUAGAAAAAUUUCGCUCACAGCCGAGGCACAUCCCCACCCAUAUCGACUUCUUUGGAUGCAAACCGGUGCCGAGGUUCAAGUUUCUCAGAGUGCAUUGUUGUCACUCUCUAUUGGAGCGUUCUACAAAGAAUCAUUAUAUUGUGACGUAGCUCCUAUGGAUGUGUCUCAUAUAAUCUUAGGACGCCCAUGGCAAUAUGAUCGAGAAGUGAUGCAUAAUAGGAAGCUAAAUACUUAUUCUUUCCUAUUUCAAGGACGGAAGAUCACUCUCCUUCCGACUCCUGAAGCAGACCAGCCAACAACAAAUAACAAAUCUAGCCAACCAGCAAAGCAGGGUCUACUCAUUGUCUCCAAGACACAGUUCGAGAAAGAGAUCCAUGCACCAGUCCCGCUAUUUGCAUUGGUCGCGAUCGAAACCGCAAAGAAACAAGCGACACCAAUACCGCUGGCGUUUUCUUCUAUUUUACAAGAGUUUCAAGAUCUUUUUCCCGUGCUACCUGCUGGCCUACCUCCUCUUCGCGAUAUUCAACAUCACAUCGACCUGGUUCCUGACGCAGUUCUCCCGAACCGUGCUCAUUACCGUAUGAGUCCUGAAGAACACGAAGAUCUACGAAGACAAGUCGAAGAGCUUUUGUUGAAAGGUUAUGUUCGGGAAAGUCUUAGCCCAUGCGCGGUCCCAGCUUUGUUGAUCCCAAAGAAAGAUCGUUCUUGGCGCAUGUGCGUGGACAAUCGAGCCGUCAAUAAAAUUACAACACGCUACAGAUUCCCAAUUCCUCGCUUGGACGACCUACACGAGUUUUGGUUUCUUAAUCAAAACUUGAUUCUGGAUCAUGGAGAAUAUGUUCGUGGAAAGUGA